AUGCAUAAGACAGUGUAUGUGGCCAAGUUUCUUGGUGGCAUCGACGAUGUUGUUGGUGAUAUGUUUUCUGUGACUGGGCAGAAGGAGAGAGUGGCGGUGGCUAGUUCUUCGAUGACACCACCUUCACCAUUUCUUAUUUCAUUCCCGACCGAUUUUGGUUCCGGCUUUGUGUUUGGGGAUGUAUCGGGCUCACUUGGAGGUUCUUCCCAGCCGGAGAGGCCUACCACAGUGGGUGAAGCGGGAACUACUUUUCACUCCUUGUUUUUUGAAGCAUAUGCUCCAGGCUGGGUGAUUACAAGGAAUUCCUUACAGUCGAAAGACAUCACCGCCUAG